UUAAGCCGUAUCAGGAAGUUAAAUGAGAUUAAAUCGUGAUAAAAGGGAGGACACUUCAUUCAGAGAAACCAUUUUCUGGACAUGGUACAAAAUUAUAGCAUCCGGAUAUUAUAUGCAGUGAUGUUCUCAACAACACUCGUUGUAAAAAGUACUUCAAAUAACGUAUGCCCCACAUCGCCAUGUUUUUGUGCCAACGCCACAGUGGCAGACUGUUCUAAUAGGAAGCUUGAAACUCUACACUCCCUUCAUGGCACAAUCCCUGCAAGUGUUACAAACUUGGAUUUGGCUGGAAACAAUUUCUCUUACAUCAACGAUACAUUUUUUGACCCCAUUGCUUCAUUAAAAAUUGCAAAUUUAAGCAUCAAAGAAUGUAAAUUACAUGGAAUAUCUAAAAGAGCAUUGCAGAACUUAAAAGAAAUUUAUAAAUUGGAUCUUUCAAUGAAUGAAUUGGAAUACAAAUCAAUACUACAAAUUUUAAGAUGGUUGAAUGGUUCUCAAAUUAAUAAACUGGAUAUAUCUGAUGUGAAAGGGGCUCCAACAUCUCUACCAGAAAAUGUUUUUAAAAGCAUAUACAGAAAUAGUUCUCUUCAUACAGUGCAUCUUCGAAAUUGGGAAUUGGUCAAUGUAAGUGGAACGGCAUUUAAAAAUAUGUCUAAAUUAAAAACACUUGACUUGAGUAAUAAUAACAUUCUUGAACUUAAAAUGGAGGGAUUUCAGCACAUAAAACAAUUAAAUCUAACGUUGAAUGAACUUGCCUAUGUCCCAAAAAUGUGUGAUUCAAAGAAUAAAUCGUAUGUUCCUAGGUUGAAAUUUCUAUGGAGUUUGAAGAAGUUACGUUUGAACGAUAUGCUAACGUACGAUUUGAUUAUCGAAAAAGACGCAUUUAAGUCGAAAUCAUUGGAGGCUUUAUUCUUUGGAAGCAAUAAAAGAGUAACAAAAGAAAUGCUACAAUAUCAAACUAUAUUCCAGAAGUGUACAAAUGUAAGAACAUUAGACAUGUCGCUUUUUGAUUUAUCUGCUUUUACAGACGAAGACUUUUUAAAAAUGUUAUCUCCUCUUACACAUCUCAAACAACUAAUUUUACGUCAUUCUGUAUUGAAUUUCGUUCCAUUUAUAUCACAUUUGAAAACACUUCAGAUUUUGAAUUUACACGGUAAUUUUAUUCGCCAUGUUCAUAAAGAUAGUUUUAUAAACAAUACAAACUUACAUAAAAUUAUUCUCAGAAAAAACCAAUUAACAUCUAUCCAUGAAGAUUCAUUCACAGAAGAUAUAUGGAAUAAUUCAAAUUUUACAAUCGAUGUUUCCUUUAAUCCUUUUGCUUGUGACUGUGACCUUGAAUGGUUCGUUAAGUGGGCAGAUGCACACAGAGAAAAAGUCAUUAAUUAUCAUUCCAAUCAGUGUGAUUCACCAAAAGAGUGGAAGGGUCGUCACAUAAAUAGCAAUUUACAUUACCUCAAAAUGAGAUGUCAUCCAUUGAAUCGAAUUUUCAUCAUCAUCCUGACUAUUGGUUCCUUUGUAUUUAUUUUUCUAUUUACCUUUGUACUUCUUUGA